AUGGCCUCGGGGGGUUCGACGACGAUGCAUCAACAACAUCAUGGGUUCGACCUUCCCGAUCCUUUUCGAAAGUUCCCCACGUCUGUGGCUGCUGCGAAUGUGGAGUUCAACGACGAGUUGUCGAUGGCCUCAUUGUUGGGUGGCCCAGGUGGUGAUCGAUCGUCGCCUAACGGCCACCACCAUCAUCAUCACGCUCAUCAUCACGCUCAUCACCACCCACAACAGCACCAGCACCAACAACAAUACGAGGAUCCAACGGCUUACGAAAACCCCACCUCCGCAUACUGCACACACAACAUAUUCGACGUCUCCGCGUCCAGCGCAUCAUCCACAGCUUCAUCAGCAUUCCCCACACACUUUUCCUCAUCCUCCACAACCACCACCGCCAAUGGGGCGGGUAGUCAACCAAGCAGCCUCCACGAAACAUACCAACAACACCCAUCAUUCAACUCCACCCUGCCCGCAAUAAACAGCACGAUGCGGUACGACCCCCCAUCUCCUUCCUCCCCACAACUCCCACCCGCAAACCCACCACCAUCAUCGUUCCAUCCUCACCACUUAUCACGACACACGCCCUCCCCAGGAUCGCGCUCCCAUUCCAGAUCCAGACCUCCAUCGUCUAGCUCCGCCCCGCCUUUCCCCCCUGUGGCGAAUGGGGCGGGGGGUGUAGGACCUGCGAGGACCACUAGGACUAGAAGAAAUAAUAGUAUUAGUGGGACUUCCCCUGCCGCCUUUUGGUGUUCAUCAUGCGCAUGGACAUGGGAGGCCGCAUGCGAUUGUUAUUCCUGGGAGUAG